ACAGAGUGAGAGAAAAUGAGAUUUGAACAAAAAACUGCGUUGAUAAAUCAACAACUUGCUUUGGUGGCACAUACAGAAAAAUACACCAAAAAUAAAAAAGAAGGUAAAAAACGAAAUCAAAUUGUUUCUAGGGUUUCCGAUCAUUCAUUCUUCCCUCCAAACACCCGCUCCCAACAAAGCGGGUUCACCCCUUCUUCUCCAUUUUCGUCAACCACAAGAUUUGUGUUCAUUUGGUUGAUUCAAUUCAAAGGGGGUGUUUUGCAUGGAGGGAGGUACGACUUCAAUUCAAUUUCAAAUUCAAAUUCAAAAAAUUAAACCAUUUCAGAUUCUUUAUCAGUUGUAAAACUAAUGAUUCUUUUUUAGUUUAGUUAUAAAUUCUAACUAAUAUCCAUUGUAGCGGAUUUUGGUUUUUGGUUUUUGUUAAUGAUUGGAAAUUGAAUGCGUUUUUAUAUUAAAUGGAUUCGGAAUCUUCUAAUGAUUCUUUUAAUACAAAAACGUGCAAAUGUCGGUAUUGUAAUUGCGAAUGUGGUUGCUCUGAGCUUUCGACGAACUGGAUUCGUAAGGUGAAACGGAAACAUGAUGAGAUGGAGAAGACGAGAAAAUUAAACGGUGGUGGCGGGGAUGGGGUUGUUCGGGUUGAGAUUGAGGAUGAAUGUGUUGCGUUACGGGAAGCUGUUAGUAGUCAGCAGAAAGCUAUUCAAGAUUUGUAUUCUGAAUUGGAAGAGGAGAGAAAUGCUGCUUCGUCUGCGGCGAACGAGACGAUGUCGAUGAUAUUGAGAUUGCAGACGGAGAAGGCGGAGCUUGAGAUGGAAGCGCGGCAGUUCAAGCGUUUUGUUGAGGAGAGGACGUGUCAUGAUCAGCAGGAGCUUUUAGCUUUGGAGGAUUUGUUGUAUAAAAGAGAACAGGCGAUUCAUUCGCUUACUUGCGAAGUUCAGGCUUAUAAGCAUAGGUUGAUGAGUUAUGGCUUAACUGAGUCGGAGGUGGAAGGGGAUUGUGAAUUUCCACCUUAUGAGUAUCCUCCUUUGAAAUGUAAUGUAAUGCAUGCUGUUGGGGAUGUUGAUAAUGAUGAUGUUUUUGAUGUUGAUGUUGAGAAGUAUGCGUUUGGGGAAACUCCGAGGGAUCGUUUGAGGAGCUUGGAGAAUAGGAUAUCACAAAUGGAGAGAACUCCGACUUAUAGUCAAAUGGAUGGGGAUUUCAAUACCAAAAAUGUUAUAGAGAAGGUGAUUGUUGGACACUCUCCUAGAAGGAAUAAACAUUCAAGGAAAUUUUCAUGUGACUCGGCUUCAUUUGGCGCAGAGUUUGCGUCGGAUUCUCCGAAGAUCAAUGGUAGUUCUAGGAAGAUGGAUUAUAACGGGUCAGAGGAUUUCUCCAAUACGAAGAAGGUGGAUAAUGUCUCUGAGGUGGGUGAUAAUAUGACGGAUAGAGUUUACACUGUUGACUCUGAAUUCAAAGGGGGAGUUGGUGGUUAUGAUGAGUUUGCAACAACUCCAAGGGAGUUUGCAAAUCAGGGUGAUUUUGAAGAUCCUUAUGUAAAGAAGCUUUACAUGAGGCUUCAAGCACUUGAGGCAGACAGGGAAUCAAUGAGACAGUCAAUUAUUUCGAUGCGUACCGAUAAAGCACAACUUGUUUUGCUGAAGGAAAUAGCUCAACAUCUGUGCAAAGAGAUGUCCGACCAGAGGAGAGUGACGGUGAAAACCUUCGUUGGCGGCUUCUCGUUCUUCACGAUUUUUAAGUGGGUGGCUUCAAUUGUUUUCUGGAGAAAGAGAGGUCAUCAAGUCAAUAGGUAUAUGUUGGGGCUACCAUCUACCGACGCCGGCUUGCUAAUGCUCCUUGAUAAAGAACCUCAACUAAGGUCGUGGAGAUAUGUUUCAAGAGCACAAACAGGAGAAUAGUUUACAUGUUGGGAUCAUACGACGGAGCACCAAAUGAAUCUUUCAUCACACUAUGCUACGGUUCUUUUUUAAUUUCUUUUCCCCAUAGAUUUUUCUCGUAGAAGUGAUGUUUUGUGCAGUGUUUUCUGUCGUAUGAAAUUGAAUGUGACAUUGUAAUUUGUUGUUGACUGGUGAAACAUGGAUGUGAAUUGGCAUUUGAGCAUGGUCUCUUCAUGCUUUGUUGUAGUUGAGAAAGUAUAUAUAUACCUUUAAACAGACCUAUCUUGUACAUGAUAUGUUUUAACUUUUAAUUGUCCUCACUCAUUCGUAGAGUA